GGGCCGAAUUCUGUGACCUGUCCGAGAAGCUUGCGAUGGCCGCCAGUGUAUCGUGACAUUCCGGCUCCUCACUGACAGACGAUACAAGCCGGCGCCGCCCGGGUAACAAACAGGAGGACAUGGAGUGGCUGGUGAUGGAGUUGUCCUUCCACACAGAUAAACGCCCCGGUGAGGAGACGCGUCAGUACCGGGGCCACAGGGCGCCCUCGGGUAGACAUUUUGGGGUGAUCCUGAAGAAGCAUCUCCGGUCAUCCCCCGUCCCUCCUCACCCUCUCUCCGCGCUGUAUCCUGGCCGGCUGCCCAGGAGGAGGAGGAGUCUGCGCCCUAAAGCCCCUCUCACUUCAGGCGAGGCGUAGACACACAAGCCACAGCCCGGGACAUCCAGCGAUCCUCUCCUCCAACCUGGUCCUACAUGCGGCUUUGAGAAUGCGGACGGCCCCGGUUUCCGGCCUCCUGGCCCCCGUGGCCCUUUUGCUUCUCCUGUGGCCCUCCGAGCGCUUCACUGACGCCUGCAGCUGCUCCCCGGUCCAUCCCCAGCAGGCCUUCUGUAACGCUGACAUAGUGAUCCGAGCGAAGGCCAUUGCGAGUAAAGAAGUUGACAGUGGGAAUGAUGUCUAUGGAAAUCCCAUCAAAAGAAUCCAGUAUGAAGUCAAACAGAUUAAGAUGUUCAAGGGACCUACCGAUGAUAUUCAAUACAUCUUCACAGCUCCGUCAUCCGCUGUAUGUGGAGUGCCGCUGGAGACUGGAGGCAAAAAAGAGUAUUUGAUCGCAGGUAAGGCAGAGGGUAAUGGAAAAAUGCAUAUCACAUUGUGUGACUUCAUUGUGCCAUGGGAUUCUCUCACUCAAACCCAGAAGAAAAGUCUCAAUCAGAGAUAUGAAAUGGGCUGUGAGUGUAAGAUCUCGCGCUGUCCUUCCAUUCCAUGCUAUGUUUCUUCCCAUGAUGAGUGUCUCUGGACAGACUGGAUGACAGAGAAGAGCAUAAAUGGACGGCAGGCUAAACAUUAUGCCUGCAUUAAGCGUAGUGAUGGAUCCUGUUCCUGGUACCGGGGAACAGCCCCUCCAAAACAAGAGUUCCUUGACAUAGAAGAUCCCUAAAUCUUAUUUUUGUGCCCACUCACCAGUUCUGAAUUUUUUUUUUCGGUCCAGGUAAACAUUAGUUCCUGCAAGUCACGUGGCUGAAAAGAAGAAGCUGGACCCCAAGCUGUCAUGGGACAGGGGUUUAACCCCUUCAUUGCUGAACGCUGCAGCACUGAAAGGAUUAAAUGGAUCAGGAUGAGGAUGGACUCUUCUUCCACCCUAGAUCUUAGACUUCCUCUCACCACUUUCCCUAUCAUACAGUUUAUUGGAGCGCACAAGGCCACAUAUAGAAUCCCUUUAAUUCUGUGUAGCUGGUCUACAGUCUUUUCCUUGACUUUCCCCAAGUGCCCUAUUCCCUUUACAAAAAGGAUAACCUGCAAAGCGAGGUCCAAGCUCUGAGUUCUGUUUGCCCAUCUGUACCCUCAAGUAAUCAGUGUAACUAGUGUUCUCGUGCUAUCUAAGCAGGGACUGGCUUUCUGUGGAAUUCUGAGAAUGCUUCCAUUAUAAGUUGCACCAAUGUUUUCAAGUUUUCUGUAUCUGUUGUUUUUUUUUUCUUUUGAUACAGUCUGGGAGUGUUCUUCAAGGAACACUAAUGCUAUACUAAAGGUUGCUGUUAUAAGAAUCGCAGUUGCUGUGUAUUAUACUGACUUCAGCAGUAAAAUGGGUUUAUCAUAGAUUUCCUUUACAUUUGAAGAGGAUCUGCCAGCUCCCCGAUACGUCUGUUUUAGCAAAUAUUUGUAUGUUGGAUUUUAUUACAAAUCUGGGAUACACCAUGAGCCCGGAUUGAACCGUUUCAAAAGGAAUAAUAACACCUUGUUGUCUCUUUAUUUAUACACCACCAAUUGUAAUAACAAGAAUAGCAAGAUAUUAUUUAUCAAAUAUAUUUUUAUUGAAAAUAAUAAAUAUAACCAUUGGUCAGUACAUUGAGAUAGAAAUAUAAACGAGAGUUACAAAGGGUAGACCAUUCAAAAACAUUAAAAAGAAAUGUUUUUGAGGUGUGCAGCUACCUUCUAAAACAGACAUGUCAGCAAAGGUGAAACAUUCACUUAAAAAAAAUGAUUUUAUAUAAAAUGAUGAAUGAUUUGGAGAGAAAGAAAAAAAGGUCAAACAAAAUAUGUAUAUUUCAUCAGUAAUUUAUUGUAAUCAGCUUAGCCGAAAGAAAAAUCCAAUAAGAUACUCCGUUCAAUCCUAUGACCCGAGUGUAGUCAGCUAGUGACUACAUUCAGGUCAUUUUCUAAACAUAUCCAACUUUUGGAUGGGACUGAAAAAUUCUACAGAUCACAAUUUUUCUUCUGAUUUAAAAGUGGGAUACGCUUGGAAAAUGUUAUGAUCGUAGUCAAAGCUGACUACGCUCAGGUCAUAGGAUUAAAUGGGACCCGUGCCAGUCCUUGCGCAAAUACAAUUGCAGCCGAUUUUGAGCUUCAAAAAUUGUAUCCACACCACAAAUCAUGAUGUGAAUGCACCCUAAACUUAAAGGGGUAUUCCAGGAAAAAACUUUUUUCUUUUAGAUCAACUGGCUCCAGAAACAGAUUUGUAAAUUACUUCUAUUAAAAAAUCUUAAUCCUUCCAAUAGUUAUCAGCUACUGAAGUUGAGUUGUUCUUUUCUGUCUGACAACAGUGCUCUCUGCUGACACCUCUAUCUGUCUCAGGAAUUGUCCGGAGCAUAAGAGGUUUGCUAUGGGGAUUCGCUCCUACUCUGGACAGCUCAAGAGACAGAUGUCAUCAGAGAGCAGUUAGACUGAAAAGAACAACUCAACUUCAGUAGCUGAUAAGUACGGGAAGGAUUGAGAUUUUUUAAUAGAAGUAAUUUACAAAUCUGUUAAACUUUCUUAAGCCAGUUGAGAUAUAAAAAAAAUAGUUUUUUCCUGGAAUACCCCUUCAACACCAGCUCCUCUAUUUUUCCACGUACAGACUCCAAUUCCAACACCAUCAUAAGUAUAAUAUUUACCGAUAUUUACUUUAAUAAAAUGGUAACAUAGUGCUGUUCACUGUCAUGUAUAUAUGAUAUUUAAAUUUUAAGGCUAAAGUUACUUUUCUUGAUCAGACAAUGGUAGUGUACCCUAGUGAUGUGCCACAAAAGUCUUUGCUGAGACAAGGUGAUAAAGAAAUCAAAUUGAUUGUUUUCAUAGGAAGUACAGUAAGGAAAUUCGUAUGUUGAUUUAUACUUAUAUGAUUGUGCAUGCCACAGCAUGCUAUAUGUAAGCAAUUCAGACUGAACACUUAGCAUGAGUAUUCUUUUAGGUCCAUUGCAAUGUAUUGCAUUGUGAAAGCAGCAAUAUAAGCCUUGUGCACUAUGCAUCAUAGUUCAGCAUUCAUUGUUGUAAUAAUAUAGGACUAAACUGUGUGGAAAAACUGUAGAUAUCAGACAUGGUUUAAUGGUAAACUAAAACAUUAUACACAGCAUAUCAUAGCCUCAGAGCACACAGGAAACACAGUGCACCCCACACUCUAUACACUGUACCAUCUUUAUUAAUACACAGUCAACAGUUACCUUGAUAUCAUGUGCACAGGAUACUCAUACCCCUUUUUACAAGUUGUGUGUAUACAGACCAUAGCACCAAAUCCUUUAAAGGUGCACAGGAGAGAAUGUUAAACGUGCCUGAUGUACUGUAUAGCUUUUGGGAAUAUUUAAUCCCUCAUUACUAGAAAACCUUUAUCAUAUUUAUAUCAUACUAUUUGGUAUUUCCCUUUCUAUUCCUGACAUUGCUUUAUGGUCUUUGUGUCAAGCCAAUCCCUUUGUACAAACAAGUAUACUGUAAAUCACAGUAAUGCUAUUUGUAGAGUUCUUGCUUGGUAAGUAUAAAACAGAAUGUGUAUUUUUUCUGCUGCAAGUAUUAAUUUAAAGCUUUUGUUAUCUUUGUGUUUUUAUUAUUAUUAUAAUUAUUAUUAUUUUUUAUUUUUUUGCUGAAAAUAAAGUCUGAGACUUGUGGAGAGAGAAGGGGAAAGGUUGCAUGUUCCGUGCUUUGCACUCAUUCCGAUGCUCGAUGACAAAUUCUGUAUGUGAAAGUUUCAUCGGUGCCAUUAAAAAAGUAUUAUCUGCC